UCUUCUUCAUUAAUGCUCGUGACUCAAGCUGUUACAAUCUUAGAGAAAUGCAAAACCAUUUCUGAACUACGCCAAAUUCAUGCCCAAAUGAUCAAAACAAAUCUCGUCUCUAACACAUUCGCUGCAAGCAAACUCGUGUCCUUUUGUUGUCUCACUGGUGACUUAGACCACGCUCUUUCUGUAUUCCAUCGAAUCCAAAACCCGAAUCCCUUUAUCUAUUUCACGCUCAUAAAUUGCUUUACUGAGAGUUCAAAUCCAUUGGAGUCUGUUUAUCUUUAUGCCCAUAUGCUCACUUGUUUGGAAGAUUGGAAAGGCAUUGAAUUUUCUCUUCCUUCAGUGCUCAAAGCGUGUGGAAGAUUAGAAGCAUUUGAGGAGGGACAGCAAGUUCAUGGGCAGAUAUGCAAAACCCGUCUGCUAUUUGACCCGUUUGUUGCGAAUUCGGUUGUUAGAAUGUACUUGGAAUUUGGACAGGUUGGGUUUGCAAGACGGGCGUUCGACAAAAUGCCUGAGCGAGAUGUGAUUUCUUGGAAUUCAUUGAUUACGGGUUAUUUGAGGGCGGGAGAGAUUGAGUUGGCUCGUGAGCUUUUCGAUGAGAUGCCGGAAAGGGACUUGGUUUCGUAUAAUGCGAUGAUUGAUGGGUAUGGGAAGUUCGGAAAGUGUGAACUUGCUGAAGAAAUCUUUGGAAUGGCGGAUCAUAAAGAUGUGAAGACAUGGACGUCGAUGAUUUCUGCGUAUGUACGUAAUCAUUAUCCGAAGAAAGCGUUGGAUAUGUUCGGGGAAAUGUUGUGUCUGGGAGUUCGGCCUGAUGCUCCUGCUCUAGUUAGCGUCCUUUCAGCCAUUGCCGACUUGGGUUUUGUCGAGGAAGGCAAAUGGAUACAUGCUUACAUAUCGACUAAAAAGCUUGAAAUGAAAACUGGGUUUAUUGGAUCUGCUCUUAUAGACAUGUAUGCUAAAUGUGGGCAUAUAGAAAAUGCUUACCACGUGUUUAGAAGCAUAUCACAUAAUAGAAACGUUGGAGAUUGGAAUUCUAUGAUCUCUGGCCUUGCAAUCCAUGGCCUUGGCACUGAAGCUCUCGAACUGUUCCAUGACAUGGAAGGAUUGAAGAUUGAGCCUGAUGAGAUCACUUUCUUAGGACUUUUGGGUGCUUGUAGUCAUGGAGGUCUAGUUGAUGAAGGCCGGUAUUGUUUUAAAAUCAUGCAGGAGAAGUACAACAUUGUUCCAAAAGUGCAACACUACGGAUGCAUUAUUGAUCUCUUGAGUAGAGCAGGAUAUCUGGAGGAUGCACUUGGAGUUCUACGGAAUAUGCCCUUCGAGCCAGAUGUUUUAGCUUGGAAGGCUAUUCUAAGCGCCAGCAUGAAGCAUGAGAACGUCGUGAUUGGGGAAAACGCCGCUCUCCAGGCAAUAGAGUUGGCCCCGGAAGAUUCGAGUUGUUAUGUUCUACUCUCGAAUAUAUAUGCUAAAACGGGGAGAUGGGAUGAUGUGGCCAAGGUUAGAUCGAGGAUGAAACAGAGAAGAGUCGGAAAGAUUCCUGGAUGUAGUUCAAUCCUUGUUAGAGGGAAGGUCCAUGUUUUUGUUGUGGGGAAGGCAAUAGAUGAAAAAUUCACUCGUGAGGUUCUUUCAAAACUUGAUGAUGUGGUUUCUAGGCUAAAAUUGGAAGGUUACCAGCCCGACCUGACUCAAGUUCUCUUAGAUGUGGAAGUGGAAGGAAAAGAGAGCUUGCUUAGUGUUCAUAGUGAAAAGAUGGCACUUGCAUUUGGACUUACAAACACAAGCCAUGGUGCUCCUAUCCAUAUAGUGAAGAACUUGCGUGUUUGUCGCGAUUGUCAUUCCUUUAUGAAGCUUGUUUCGAGGGUUUACAAUCGUCGAAUUGUUAUAAGAGAUCAAAACCGUUUCCAUCACUUUGAGAAUGGCUUUUGCUCCUGCAAAGAUUAUUGGUGAUACUAGUUUUUGUGAGCUCAUUGUGACAAUCCCCUUCAUAUGUUUUUGUAUUAUUGGUUCACAAGCUAAUCCAAUAAAGGAAAGUAUCUCCAAGAUUGAUGGAUUAGUUUGGAUUACAGGAGGAAAGAGCAUUAGGAGGUGAAUUCCUUGUGUAAAUAUCGAUAUCCGGCUACCAUAAAUUAGAUGGGUGCCUUAUCUGUAUAUUUUAUUCAGUCUCGAUA